CAACAACUGCAACCAUAGAACCUUCGGAAAAGAACCUUCGGUUAAAAGAAUCUUAGGACCUCGGGAAACUACAGAACCGUAACCUUACGACCACAACCAGAACACAGUCAGGAUGGGCCAUCGCAGAAGAAGGUGCAAGAGACGACUACUCAGGGUGGCCAGAUACCUGUACCGCUGGUUCACUGGGACCCUGGUAGAAGGUAACCCAGCAUCCAACCACAGCAAGCGAACUAUAAAACAGAGGUUCCUCAAGCUGCUGCCCUGCUGUCGCUCCAGAACCGCCCCCCUCACUCAGUUCAAAGCAAACAGUGUAGUGGAGGAUGGGGAGUUAUCUACAGUGUGUUAUAGACCAGAGGGGUUGGACCAGCUACUACAACAGACUAAGUUCACCAGGAGAGAACUACAGAUCCUCUACAGGGGCUUCAAGAAUGAAUGCCCUAGUGGUGUGGUGGAUGAAGAGACAUUCAAGUUAAUCUACUCCCAGUUCUUUCCUCAGGGAGACUCCAGCACCUACGCUCAUUUUCUGUUCGAAGCAUUUGACACCCACAAGAAUGGUUCUGUGAGCUUCGAAGACUUCAUCACAGGCCUGUCAAUCAUCCUGAGAGGCUCUGUCACAGAGAAACUCAACUGGGCUUUUAACCUCUACGACCUUAACAAAGAUGGCUUCAUCACCAAAGAGGAGAUGACUGAUAUAAUGAGCUCUAUCUAUGAUAUGAUGGGGACGUGUACGUACCCCUGUAUGCAGGACGACGCCCCCAAGGAGCACGUCGACAACUUCUUCCAGAAAAUGGACAAGAACAAAGAUGGCGUGGUCACCAUUGAGGAAUUUCUGGAGUCUUGUCAAAAGGAUGAGAACAUCAUGCAGUCCAUGCAUCUGUUUGACAACGUCAUUUAGUGAUACUUCCUGUGGGUGUGGCCUAAAGGACAGGGUUCCCAUAUUUAGCUCCACAGCCUCCACCCCCAGCUCCCCUUAUCCCCAAACACAGACUCAUUAGGGCUGUCAGGGGGGUAAAAGGUACCCCUCCAUGGAUCUCCACUCUCCCAUCCAUCCCCCUAAAAAGAGACACCCCUACCUGGGAAGAUCAGACAACAGUUAGGUGGGCAAUAGGUACACCUCCAUGGGUCUCCACUCUCCC